UUAUAGCAGCUUACAACCAACUUAGAAAUAGCUUUACGCACCAGCUAGCAAUAGCAGCUGCAGCAGCUUGCACACUGAAGUCAUUUUCAACCACAUAUUAGCUGCUUUGGCCAGUUUACAUAAUCUUACCCAUUACCGUACAUCACAAUGGCGGUGGAAAGCCGAAAUAGCUCCGCCGUCAACGGCGUUGAUAUCUACCACCUGCCGGAAGGUUGCAUAGCGAACGUUCUAUCAUUAACGUGUCCGAGGGAUGCGAGUCGGUUAUCGCUUGUGGCUUCAAUUUUCCGGUCCGCAGCUGAAUCUGAUGCCGUUUGGGACCGGUUUCUGCCGCCGGAUUAUCGUGAUAUUGUUUCCCGGUGUAGUGAUGGACCGGAUUCUAUUGUGUUCGAUUCGAAGAAGGAGCUUUAUCUUUACCUCUGUGAUCAUCCUUUUCUGAUUGAGGGUGGAACUAAGAGCUUCUCAUUGGAGAAGCGCAGUGGAAAGAAAUGUUACAUGUUAGCUGCAAAGUCACUUGCAAUUGUUUGGGCUGACACACCUAUGUAUUGGAGAUGGAUCUCCCUUCCCGAGUCCAGGUUCUCAGAGGUGGCUGAGCUUCUUGACGUAUGCUGGUUUGACAUUGCCGGCAAGAUAAACACCUCUAUGUUAUCCCCUGGCACCAAAUAUGCUGCGUACUUUGUGUUCACAACAAAAUUCAGGACCUAUGGAUUUGAUCACCAAAGUGCAGAGGGUGCAGUAGGGAUUUCGGGACAUGAAAGAAAAUCUCACACAGUUUUUCUGGAUCCAGAGGCAGCACGGAGGCAUAUGUACGAAAUAGUUCCUAGGCGGCUGGGACUAUUGAACCAGAUGGCGAAUAUCCUAAGACGGGAAGUGAAUCCACCUUCAGAAAACGAUGCACAAGCACUAUAUCCACAUCAGAGAAGUGAUGGAUGGAUAGAAGUUGAGUUGGGAGAAUUCUUUGUCCAGAGAGGGCAAGAAGUUGAACUGGAGAUGAGCUUGACAGAGAUCAAGGAAGGUAACUGGAAAAGUGGCUUAGCUGUUGAAGGGAUUGAAAUCAGGCCUAAGGAAGGCUAAUGAUUUGAUAUUGAAAGUUCAUUUUGUGUCUGUGCUAAGCCACUUUCCGAGUGAGCGCAAGAAAAAGAGGGACUAGGAGCUACGAGACCCUAAAAGACUUUAGUCUGGGGAGAUCUUGACCACAAGAGUUGCACAAGUUUUACAAGACAGUGUAUAUAUCAAUAAUGUAAAAUCUGUUGUAAAUAGUAUGUGGAUGAAGUCCAUGUAUGAAUAGUUUGUAGAUGGAUUUUCACUUUAUGUCCUUCCUUACACUAUUUUACUAUAGUGGUCUUUACUUUUUAUGCCUAUAAAAGGCUAUGUAAAUGGCAUUGUAAAGACGCACCAAAAGGAAGUGAAAUACUCAUUCUAUUUUUGUUUCUUAUUUA